UCUGAAAAUGGCCCUUUAACUGAUUCUGAAGCUCAGUUCAUCAAACACAGGCAGCUUUUGUAUUACAGAGAUGAGUUUGGUGAUAGAGGUGAAAAUGUGAAAAUUGAUCCAUCUAUGGUGUUUGAGAAUGAUAGAAUCAAGAAUGCUUAUAUUGCUUUACAAGCAUGGAAACAAGCUAUCAUUUCAGAUCCCUUUAAUAUCACUCUCAAUUGGGUUGGUCCUAAUGUAUGCAGCUACACCGGAAUCUUCUGUGCUCCGGCUUUGGAUAACCCCAAAAUCCGUACAGUUGCCGGCAUUGACCUUAACCAUGGUGACAUUGCAGGGUACCUCCCGGAAGAGCUUGGGCUUCUUACAGAUCUUGGGAUUUUCCAUAUCAAUUCAAACCGUUUCUGUGGUACAAUACCAAGAAAAUUCAGCAAGUUGAAGAUACUGUUCGAGCUGGAUCUGAGUAAUAACAGGUUUGCUGGGAAGUUUCCUUAUGUUGUUUUGAGUUUACCCAAGUUGAUAUUUUUGGAUAUUAGGUUCAAUGAAUUUGAAGGUAAUGUACCUUCACAGCUUUUUGAUAAGCCAUUAGACGCCAUUUUUAUUAAUCAUAAUCGAUUUGCGUUUGAGUUGCCGGAGAAUUUUGGGAAUUCGCCGGUUUCUGUGAUAGUUCUGGCGAGUAACAGUUUCCAUGGGUGUCUUCCGGCGAGUAUUGGGAAUAUGAGUAAUCUUAAUGAGGCGAUUUUAAUGAACAAUGGGUUGCGUUCUUGUUUGCCGGCGGAGAUUGGGGUGUUGAAAAAUUUGACUGUAUUUGAUGUGAGCUUUAAUCAGUUGAUGGGUCCGUUGCCGGAGAAUUUUGGUGAUUUGGUGAAUUUGGAGCAAUUGAAUGUGGCACAUAAUAUGCUUUCUGGGACAAUUCCGAAAAGUAUUUGUCAGCUUCCUAAGCUUGAGAAUUUUACGUAUUCUUAUAAUUUCUUCACUGGUGAACCGCCGGUGUGUUUGGGGUUGCCGGAGUUUCAUGAUGAACGGAAUUGUUUGCCCAACAGACCGGUGCAACGCUCUCCGGGACAGUGUAAGGCCUUUUUGUCUAAAAAAAUUCAUUGUAGUGCUUUCAGGUGUCAUAAAUUUGUUCCUGUUUUGCCACCUCCUCCGCCACUUUCACCGCCCUUGCCUGCCCCUCCGCCACCUGUUUAUUCGCCUCCGCCACCAGUUUAUACUCCUCCUUCUCCUUCCCCACCACCUCCUCCACCUCCAGUUUAUUCACCACCGCCACCACCACCCUCUCCACCUCCUCCAUCACCUCCCCCGCCUCCACCACCAGUCUAUUCACCUCCACCCCCACCUCCAUCUCCUCCUCCACCAUCACCUCCACCACCACCCCCGCCAUCUCCACCUCCACCACCAGUUUAUUCAUCACCACCACCGCCACCAUCUCCCCCUCCACCAUCACCUCCACCUCCUCCCCCACCCGUUUAUUCGCCACCACCAUCUCCACCUCCUCCAUCACCAUUGCCUUAUUGUAUACGCUCACCUCCACCACCAAAUUCCCCACCUCCUAAUUCUCCACCUCCACCGCUUGCUCACUCGCCUCCACCCCCUUCACCUUACUAUUACAAUUCACCAGCACCUCCGCCCCCAAAUUCGCCGCCUCCACCACCAAAUUCGCCUCCUCCUCCACCAGUAUGCAUAUACUCAUCACCUCCGCCACCAAAUUCACCUCCUCCACCACCAACAUACGUAUAUUCUUCACCUCCUCCACCUCCUUCCCCAUUGCCUUGUAUAGAACCCCCUCCACCACCUCCUCCUUGCAUUGAACCACCCCCACCUCCCUCCCCUUCACCAUCACCUCCUCCACCACCAGUUUAUCAUUACAAUUCUCCGCCCCCACCAUCUCCAUCUCCUCCACCACCAGUUUAUUAUUACAAUUCUCCACCCCCACCAUCACCACCACCUACUCCAGUAUAUGAAGGGCCAUUGCCACCAAUAAUAGGAGUUCAAUAUGCUUCACCACCUCCACCACCCUUUUAUUAAUUCUUUCAGAAAUUUCCACUAACUUAUCCUCAAAGCACAAAAUUAUCCCUACAAUUAUUAUUUCCUCGAACUCUUCAAGCCAUCAACAAAAUCGAGCUAAUACGUGAUCACAAAGUUAAAAUGGCGUGACAGAAAGAAAGAAAAAAGAGGAGGUAAAGAGGAGAAAGAUUGAAUCUCCGCAGAUUUUAUUUUUGAAUUGUUAUCAAAUAGAUUGAAGUUGUGGAGCGAAUAAAUUGGCAAAGAAAAGAUAGAAACUUUGCAGGAAAAUGUAUGUAUAGAGAUCAUAAUCUGGGCUUAAAUCCAGUUUACAGUGCUUGCUGCAUCUAGUUUUUCUAUUUUGUGAGUUUUUAUUGUUAGAUUUUAGUUCCAUCAUACUUUGUUUUCUUUGUAUUUUUAUUUUUUUGGGUUUUUUUCCAAACUAUAGUAUAAUGAUGAGCAUUUUCUGUUUUACUUGUAUUGAUUCUCAGAAUUCAGAUUAUUCCUUUGUGUUU